CCCGGCGCUCCAGCGGCACAGUCCGGCUGCACCGCCGACUCUCUUGGACCAUACCCACUGUACCCUGUGUCUCUGUUGGACAGAUCAUUAAACCGGAGUCCGCUUGUCUCCUUUUGUUCUCUGAAAUCACUGAGGACUUCAACAACAGGACAAGCUGCCUGGACUCGGAGCAGGCAGGCCUAUCUCCAAACAAGACACCGUACUAAGAGGGGGAACGGAGGAGAUGAAGGAUUAGGAGAUAAUCCAGGGUAUGUCCAACUCCCCCCUUUUGAGUGGUCCCAUUGUUCUCCAGUGUCAAGGAUGCAGGCAGCUGCCUCUAUUACAGCUAUUACAGAUGAUGGUUCCAUGGUGCAACCACAGAGCAGUUUGCAGCUGGACUCAGACCUAUUUCUGAGCUGAUGUCGAAGAAGCCAAAGCCCAAAAGCAAGUGGGGGAAACCAGGUGACCUUACCACAUUCCAACAGGCCCAGCUGGUUCCAGGAACACAACUGCAUAGUGUUCUCCUCAAUUUAUGUGCGUUUAAUUCAGCCAGCUAUGCAUGACAUUAAGGUACAAAGAGUGGGACAGAAUUUGGCCUGCACAUGAUAAACAGAGAUUAUAGCCAGUUGGCAAUGCUUCCCUGGAGCUUAAUUUUUCAGCUUUAGAAAGAUUCAAGAUCUUGGAAUAAAGCAAUUUUUCUCCAUACUUUGGGCUUCAGAAAAAAAAAAUCACACAGAAGAAGAGUAGACUCCUGCUUUGCCAUUCAGUUGGAUUAAAGUUGAUUCCAGACAUUUUUUUCAUUUUUUAAAUAAAUAUUAAACCUGUCACCAUCUGUGACCAUGAAUCUUCAGGAAAAGCUCUCAGGCCUAAAAGGUCUGGUCACACACUCCCACAGCAAACGUCGUUUUAAAAGUGAUCUCACUGUGGACAUGAUUAGCCCUCCUCUGGGUGAUUUUCGCCACACUAUGCACGUGGGCCGUGGAGGCGAUGUGUUUGGAGACACCUCCUUCCUCAGCAACCACGGUGGGACAGCCAACGGGAACAACGAGAACACAGAUUCAGUCUCUACCCCUGAUAACAAGAUCGGAGCGUUCUUCUCCAGGACGAUCCGUCAGAUCAGGAGAAGCUCAGACAACCGACCCAGAGAAGGAGCCAAAGAUCUAUCGCCACCACCUCCGGCCGUUUCUCCUAUCAUCAAGAACGCCAUCUCCCUCCCAAGGCUGGAUGUGGAUUUGCCUAAUGGGAGUCCUACCAGCAAAGUGCUCUUUCCCAGUUCUCAAAGCACACCCGAGGAGAAGAAAAGCUCUUAUGGUCUGGAGUCUGGUUUCAUCACUCUGCCUCGUCUGUCCCGCUCGGAGCGUCAGCAGCCUUCCAUCUCCAUCUCCUCCUCCUGCUCCCCUAACAUCCACCGUGGCUCUCUGACUGAUCCCACCGAUGCCAUCCUAGCAACCCGCUCCACUUCCACUGUGACCUCGGAGCACAAAACCAUAGCUUUCUCCGACUCUCUUCCAUCCCUCACUUCCCUGGAUACCUUCACCUUUGACCUCGGGCCAUCCCUCAUGAGCGAGGUGUUUGGCCUGCUUGACGGCCACGUGGAGGAGCACAGCCAUGCCUGGGAGGGGGAAGAGGUGGGGUCGGCAUGCGGGCUGACCAACGAGGGAUCAGAGAUGGACUCAGCAACUAUCUCGUAUGUGGAUUCACUUCUUAGGGAGGACUAUGGGGGAAGGAAGAGUCCACAUGGACAGGAAUGGGAAGAAGAGGAGGAGAUUGUGAUGGAGGCGAAUGAACGAGGGUUUUCAGUUAAAAGUGCAGUACCUGACGUGGUGAUUGGGUCUCCAGCGAGGCUGAAGUUAGGGAUUGGGAUGGAGAGUGAGCGGUUCCAGAGCGCUACAGAUGUCCUUGCACGUCACUACGGGUUCAGCAGCCUCUUAAGAGGACAGGACAAGAUGGACGUUGCUGAUUCAGAGAUGAUCAGUCAGCCCAAGAAGAAAACGUCCUACAGUUACAUUGAUGACGAGGAUGAAAUUAAAGUCUGAGUUUUGACACUAAA